AUGUCAAUUGCCAACAACUACAAUAACCGACAUGGUGACAUUAUUACCAAUACGUCCCAACCGAAAGGUCAUGUUUGCGACCAGGAAGCCAGGAGCGAUCUUCAACAUGGCACCGAACCUGGGACAUUUGAUCAGUCAACUAAUCGGUUUAAUCAAUUGAGAAGAUUUAUUGAUGCAAAUGGAGAAUCCCAAGAAGAAUAUAAUUCUGAAAGCGGAAUUAUGGAAAUUGAUCAUGAUUAUAAAAAAUGGUUAAUAAUUGUGUCAAAGAGAAACCAUGUUCAAAUAUGCAGACUGUAUUCUUGA